UUUUUUUAAAAAAAAAAUUUAUGAAAAUUAAAUACUGGCUGAUGAACAAAUAACAAUAUUGGUUUUCUUAAAAAAAAAAACCCUAAUCAGAAAAACUGAAACCGACUUGAGCAGAAAGAAAUCCCCCGGCUCUCAACCGCGAAAAGAAAAUAAAAAAACAAUAAAUAAAUACAGAAACUUGGAAAACUAGCAAGCACCCUAGAUUGUUCCCGAAGCUAAGCGAAAGGAUGGGUUGGAUCUGGACAGACGACGACGACGACGACGGCGGCAGCGUUCGCCACCGCGACUCCCACCGUUCCUCCUCCUCUGACGGUGGCCUUUGCGCCACCAGAAAAGUAAUCAAAUCCCAGUGCCGAACCGAGGAAGUUGAGCCCGGAAGAUUUAUGAGGAAGUGUGAGAAAAUCGAGGAGGUUCUUAAAGACUGUGUUGGAAGGCCCACUGAAGUUGUGCAAUCAAAUAAAGAGUAUACUGAGGAAGAUGUUACCCAUCAGAUGUCUAAGGGUUCUUUUGCUAUGGAGUCUCCCGGAGGACCUGUGCCAUUUGACUUCCCCGGUCUACGCAGUGACAUUGAAUCCAUUGAACGCAGCUUAUUUAGCAGCUUUGGUAACUUUUUCAAAGCAGCUGAAGAGUUAACAAAUGACUUCUACUCCAUGUUUGGAACUUCUGGUAGUCCUCACGUCCAUGAAGGCAAUGUUUCACGUGGAAGUAGUAGGAGUCGGGGGAUCCGUGUUGAAGCCCCUGAAGGGCGACCUUCUAGUUCGAGGCAUUCAGAUGGAGAUGUUGAUCUAUCUGGAUUUUCUAGCGAUGUCUGAAGGCAAAUCAAUGCUUUGGUCGAUUGAGAAACUGUACUGAUGUACUUUUGGCUUAUUUUUGAAAAACAAGAAGAGGAAUGCCUUCACAAGCUGGCCUCUCUGCUCUUUUCAAAUAGUCUGAUAAUUUCUAGCUGUUAGAUUUCGAUGCCGUUUUGAAGCUUGUUUUUCUAAUAGGUUAUCCACUUGUUUCUGUAUAUUCGGAUUCACUUUCUGUUUCAAAUAUGUUUUUCUUUUGGACCUUUAUGAAGGCCAGCAUUUGAUAUUUGAAAUUAAAUAAUGGUGCUUCAAAUAUCUCGUGGAUAUUCCCUGAGUUUGUUUAGUUGAUGCAUUAUUGCACACGAGUGAUUGGAGAAUUUCUUAGCUGUUACCGAUAUCGUAUUACUCCUUGCUGGAUGAUGAUGGUUGAAACUGAGGCCGUGUUAAGUUUCAAACUUUCAAUUGAGAUGCGUCAAUUUGUACGUCUAUACUCUGUAGUCAG